AUGUCUUGGCAAUCCUACGUGGAUGAUCACCUGAUGUGUGCCCUUCCUCACGGAGGGCAGUUGAAGGCGGCUGCACUUUAUUGUCAGGAGGAUGGUGCCUGUUGGGCGCAGAGCGCUGAAAUGCCAGUGGUCACUAAAACGCAGCUCGACGGCAUUAUUGACGCGUUCGACAAUCCACAGACGAAGCUGGCGUCAAAUGGGCUGUUUCUGGGUGAAGAGAAGUUCAUGAUGGUGGCGGGUGACCCUGGCGCUGUCGUUCGUGGCAGACAGAAAGAAAACCCGGAAAAGGGCCGGAAGGCCCGUGGUUGCUGCAUCAAGAAGACUGGCAGUGCGUUAGUCUUCGGCAUUUUCGAAGAGCCUGUGACGGCAGCUGACUGCAAUAUUGUUGUUGAGAACCUGGGCGAUUACCUCAUCGGCCAGGGCUACUAG